AUGCGAAUCGAUCUCAAGAGUCAUGGCGUACCUGUGUUGGACAAGAACAAGCGGAUGGGUCUCAUGCUGUUGGUCCUCUUUGGCCUGAUAGGCUUCACCUUCUUCUACAUGUCCCAGCUCCCGGGACCAUUCUCGCCGGCCGUGGCGCACGCCCAGGCCUCUACAGCUUCUGUGCUCAACAACGACCCUCCAGCCCCAGCCUCGGCGCCAACAAAGUCAUCAUUGUCGUCAUCAUCGUCGUCAUCGACCCAAGAAUCGUCGAUGCCUGUCAAGAAGCCCGACGUCGGCAUGAAGCCGGUCAAGUCGAGUAGCAGCGGACGAGAGGACGACGACCUGACGACGGAGCUGCUCGAGGAGGAGCUGCGGCCGAGGAGGAGGCCGAGAUCCGCACUAUCGAGGCCGCCCUCCAGAAGCGCGAGGAGGAGCUGCGGCGGCGCGAGGCCGAGAUCAAGCUGCGCGCGGCCGAGAAGAAGAAGGAGGAGGCCGCAGCCGCGCUGGGAGGAGGAGCAGAAGCGGGUGGAGCUGAUGCUCGAGACGGGCCACGAGUACGUCAUGAUCGGCUCGGGCGUGGGGGGCCACCCCGGCUACGCCUUUGCCCAGGCCCCCGAAGAACCCACGCCCGACGAGCCGCUACUACUCGAAGAAGUCGUUGCAGAAGAAGAAGGAGGAGCCGACGAAGAGGUGCCGACAGAAGAGUACGAGGUGGUGGCGGAAGAGGGCACCGAGGUUGGGGAGGAAACGUACGAAGAGGGGACGUAUGAGGAGGGGGAAGGCAACGAGGAGUACUACGCAGGCCAAGAACAAGACCGAGAGUACGAGGAGGAAGCGCAGUACCAGGAGGAAGAAGGGCAGGAUGGUGGUGGGGGUGAAGAGGAGGAGGAGGGGAGGUACGGCGAGUACAACGAAGACUACGAGCAGCCUGAGGGCGAAGCGAACGAGGUCGAAGAAGAAGCAGUCGAGGAGGAAGGAGAAGGGGAAGUGGAGAUGGAGGAGCUGGCGGGCAAGAGUGAGAGUGAGAGCCAUGAGCAUCAGCACGACGCGCGACAGCGGGAGGAGGACGAGACGGGCGAGCACGUCCACACCCAGGCCGAGCGCGAGCGCGAGAUCGCCGAGGAGAAGCGCCAGCUCCUGGAGAAGGCCCGCGAGCGCGAGAGGCGGGCCAAGCAGCUGGCGCUCGAGCGGGAGCUGGAGCGCGAGAAGCGCGAGCGAGCCGAGGCCGCUGCGGCUGCGCUCAAGGCCAGGCGUGACGCCAGCGGCUACGGGGCGUCGUUCACCACGACCAGCUCUGCGGCGGCGGACAAGGAGGGCGCGAUGAAGACCUUCAACAAGAAGCUGCUGAAGAAGCAGGUGGAGGUGCUGCGCAAUAACAUCCUGGUGCGCGAGGAAACUCUUCGGGCGGCUGCGGCGACCCAGGGGCGGAACAAGGCCGGUGCGCGCUCGGCGGACAACAUCAAGCCCAACAAGAACAAGGUCAGCAGCAGCAGCAACAAGAAGAACGAGCAGAAGAUCAAGGCCGAGCUCGACAUCCUCAACAAGAAACGUAACAGCAUCGCUCGAAAGGCCAAGUGA